UGCUCCUCCUCCGCAUCAUGAAUGUCAAUUAAUACCCAUCUUCCGUCUUCCAUCCUCAAUCUCCUUCCUUUGAGCUGCUCGGUGACAUUUCCACAACUCCCCCGACUAGAUAUCAGCAUCAUGGCUCGAAGAUACGACUCAAGGACAACAAUCUUCUCUCCCGAAGGCCGGUUAUACCAAGUCGAAUAUGCCCUCGAAGCCAUAUCACAUGCCGGCACCGCUUUGGGAAUAUUAGCACAAGAUGGAAUUGUACUUGCAGCAGAACGAAAAGUCACCAGCAAACUGCUGGAACAAGAUACUUCAGCAGAGAAGCUCUACAUCUUGAACGACAACAUGAUCUGCGCCGUAGCGGGAAUGACGGCCGAUGCAAAUAUCCUGAUCAAUUACGCUAGACAAGCUGCGCAACGCUUCCUACUGACCUACAACGAAGACAUCCCCUGCGAACAGCUUGUCCGUCGUCUUUGCGAUUUGAAACAAGGCUACACACAACACGGUGGUCUGCGACCGUUUGGCGUCUCCUUUAUCUACGCCGGGUGGGAUCCACAACGACAAUUCCAGUUGUACCAAAGCAAUCCCUCGGGGAACUAUGGUGGAUGGAAGGCCACGAGCGUGGGCGCCAACAACGCCAGUGCACAGUCACUCCUCAAGCAAGACUACAAGGAAGAAUGCGAUCUAAAAGAGGCGUGUGGUAUGGCUGUCAAGGUGCUGAGCAAGACGAUGGAUUCAACCAAAUUGAGCAGCGAGAAGAUCGAGUUCGCGACUGUUGGCAAAACUGCAGACGGCAAGAUUUACCACCAUCUGUGGUCUGGUGAAGAGAUCAUGGCCCUGCUUAAAGAGCACGGUCUGGCUAAAGAGGAGGAGUCAGAGAGUGGUUAGAGGCAAGUGUUGCCCGCAAGAUCUCAUUAAGAGCAUGUUUCUGCUCGGGCCAAGAGGGUUCGACAAUGCAAGUGCGGAAUGUACAAUUUUCAGAAAGGGCAAAAACAGUGGCAUAGCACCGGCGUUAACGGUAGCAGGGAAAAUCAAUCAGGAAGGACUUGUCGCCACGGACAGUCAUUCGAUCUGAAGCUGGUAUGGAUCCGACUUUGUCACCUCGAAACAUUUUGUCUCUGCAUCUUAUUCACUUGUGUCUUUGCGUUUCGGGCAUCCUUCAACACUGUUCUUGGUUUUGAUUUCGUGACGGACU